GCAAGGCGUCUAUUUCCUUUUGUCCCGCCCUUCCCUGCUUCCGACUGGCGGGUUUCAAACCCACGGGAGCCAAUGAGAGCGAGCGGACGCGCUGUGUUCCAGCCGUAGCUACAGGCGCGGGUUUUGAAGAAAAACUGUCGCGGAGGAGUCAUGGUGCCACCGCGACCGUCCGCAGCUGCCGAAGAGCGGCAGAGAAAGCUCCAGGAGUACCUAGCAGCCAAGGGAAAACUGAAGUGCCAAAACACCAAGCCUUACCUAAAAGCCAAGAAUAAUUGUCUGAAUCCUCCACCUUCUAAAUCUACUACUGUACCCAAAAAGAAUGUUACCAAUUAUGUUGCUUUGCCUGUCAAAGCUACAAGACCCAUCAGCACUGAACUCCAGCCCCGACCUCCCAAAGGCCCAGGAUCCCAGAAGCCAAAGUUGGAGCCACCAAAACUUCUGGGCAAAAGGCUGACUUCAGGAUGUAUUUCUUCUAACUUAAACUCUAAGCCUUCCAGCAAUCGUCAACAACACCAUGAAGAGGGAUCAUCCACUACUGGCGAAUUGCCUACAGAAACUAUGGGGUCACUUAAUAUACAGGAACUGAAAACUGCAAAGCAGCAGGUAGCAGAUCAAGGAAAUACUAAGUGUGCAGACUCUGUGGACUGUAACCAUGUUGAAAAUGAAUCCUUAGAUAGCUUUCUAAAAGAGAUAAACAAAGAAAACUUGCCCCAAACCUUACUAGACUCUGAAAGGAAGUCAAAUCCUGAAUUAUGGACAAUAUGUAAGCCAAAGACUAAUUCUUAUAAUCAAACCAAGAGCAGUUUGGCUCCUAAACAAGCCUUGGGCAAAAGUUCUGGGAAUAGUGCUUUUCUGAAAGACCGAGUUAAUAAACAAUUUGUUGGAAAAACACAAAUUAGGAUUCCACCAGUAAAGUCACAGCAACUCUCUAGAGGAACAAACCUUGCAAGACCAGGAGAAAAACUCCCAAAGACGGCUCCCUAUCACUACGUUCAGACCCUUAGUAGGACUCAAGCAUCAAGGAAACCAGUGGUCAAGGACAUAAAGGAUAUAAAGGUUAAUAGGGGUAAAUACGAAAGACCAAAUGAAACUAAGGUACAGUCACACACUGUUACUGAACAGAAAGUAAAACACACCAAACCCCGGACAUGCCCUAGUGUGCUUCCGGGAGGCUGUAACAACAGACAUCCAAACACUAGGCAAGAUCAGAAAUCCACUCAACCUUGUUGUAGACCUCGGACAUCAUGUGCACUACAAAAAUCAAAAGCCAUAAGCCAAAGGCCUAAUUUGAUAGUUGGCACUUUCAAUUCAGUCGUUCCAAGCACCCCUAACAUAACAGCAAAUGGAACCAAUGGGAAUAGAUGCAGCAACAGCUGUCAACAAAAAGCACAGAUUUUGGACACCAAGUUGAAAAAGACUCUUCCCCAGAACCAUUUUCUCAAUAAGACAGCUCCCAAAACUCAAGCUGGUAACAAAACCAUACAUGGAGGAAGAGUCCCAAAUGGGACCCAAACUAAUCCAAAUAUUAAGAAGAAGAUCACAGCAGAGGACCGAAGGAAACAACUGGAAGAAUGGCAGAAAUCUAAGGGGAAAAUCUAUAAACGGCCUCCUAUGGAACUUAAAACAAAAAGAAAAAUAAUAGAGGAAAUGAAUAUUUCAUUCUGGAAGAGUAUGGAAAAAGAAGAUGAAGAAAAGAAAGCACAACUUGAACUGUCCAAUAAAAUUAACAACACUCUGACAGAAUGUCUGCAGUUCAUUGAAAGGGGUAUACUUUCUAAUGAAGUAUUUACCAUAUUGUCCAGUAUUCCUGAGGCCAAAAAAUUUGCUAAAUUCUGGAUCUGCAAAGCAAAGUUAUUGGCCAGUAAAGGUACCUUUGAUGUCAUUGGGCUGUAUGAAGAGGCCAUUCGAAAUGGGGCAACACCAAUACAAGAGUUGCGUGAAGUUGUUCUUAAUAUUUUGCAAGACACAAACAGAACCACAGAAGGAGUUACCUCUGACUCUUCAGUUGCUGAGAUGAAUAUAACGUCAAUAGAAGAGCUGGCCAAUAAAACGGAAUCUGAAAAGUCUUGUCUUUCUCUAAAAGAGAGAGAACAGGUUACAGGAACACCCCAAAUAACCAAGGCAGAGCAGGAUAACCAUCCUGGUAUCAAAUUACAGGUGGCCCCCAUCCCUCGGAUAAGUGGAAUAGCAGAAGUGCAUGACAUGAAGCUGAUCACUCCUGUGCGCCGGUCGGCGAGGAUUGAGCGAGCGGUGUCCCGCUACCCGGAAAUGCUGCAGGAACACGAUUUGGUGGUGGCUUCUCUUAACGAGCUGUUAGAAGUGGAAGAAACAGAGUGUUUUAUAUUCCGUAAAAAUGAGGCUUUGCCUGUCACAUUAGGGUUUAAAAUCCUUGAGUCAUAAUUUCUUAAUGCC